UGUUGGAAGCAGCAGCAGACGGCAGCACAGGUCAGCGUGGCUAGAGCUGAGGCGGUCGUCUGCAGUCCCGCGUGAGACCGGCCAUUCCCUGCCACUCACAUCUUGCUCGCUCCGCCUUGCCCCUUCCUCACCCCGGCUACCAUGGGCAAUGUACAGGCCUCAGGACCGGCGCCACCUGCCCCGCCUCCACCAACAUCAGCAGUAGCAGCAGCAGCACCUCUUCCUCCACCUGCAGCGCCGGAGAAGAAGGAAGAUGACAACCCGGGACCCAUGGAGGACCUUCACAAGAAAUGCAAAGAUGUGUUCCCAGUGAUGUUUGAAGGCGGCAAGUUCAUGCUCAACAAGGGGCUGAGCAACCACUUCCAAGUGUCCCACACAGUCAACUUCUCCACCAUUCAGCCACCAGGCUACAGGUUUGGGGCAACUUUUGUAGGUACCCAACAGGUGUCUCCAUCAGAGGCAUAUCCUGUCAUGUUGGGAGACAUUGAUCCCUCUGGAAACCUCAAUGCCAGCAUUAUUCAUCAGCUUCACCCUAGUGUGAGGGCAAAGUUUGUGGCCCAGAUCCAGCAGAGCAAGUGGCAGGCAACACAGCUCACCCUGGACUGGCGAGGCACCAAUCACACCACUUCUCUCACGCUGGGCAAUGUUGACCUGGUGAAUGGCUCAGGUGUGGCUGUCACCCACUACCUGCAGCAAGUCACCAAGCGGCUAGCCCUUGGCACAGAGCUGGCCUACCAGUACGGCCCACAGGUCCCUGGAGGUCACAUUGCAGUUCAUUCAGUAGCUGGAAGAUACACAGGAGACAACUUCACAGCAUCAGGCACCUUGGGAGGCACAGGAAUCCACUUAUGCUACUACCAGAAAGCCACUGAGCACCUGCAGCUUGGGGUUGAGUUGGAGACUAGUUUGAGGAUGCAAGAGUCUGUUGCUUCCAUGGCUUAUCAGCUGGAGAUCCCUAAGGCCAACACUGUGUUCAGAGGUACACUUGACACCAAUUGGACGGUUGGGGCAGUCAUGGAGAAGAAGUUGAUGCCUCUUCCUUUCACUCUUGCCCUGUCUGCCAUGCUCAACCAUCCUAAGAACCAGUUCAGGCUAGGGUGUGGCUUUAUCAUAGGGUAGUGAAAGUAUUUAUGGGCCUCUCAUUCAUGCCAUAUUCCUCCCCUGUAGCUGAGGGGGCAGGAGGUCAGCAUGUAUGUUGCCACUUGGUAAAUAUUGUAUCUAUAGAGGGAUUAAUGGACUGUAUAUAGAAGCAAGGGAAGGCCUUGUAGCAUAACAUCUGUACACCGCCUGUGUGUAUUGUGACCAAGUACUGUGUACUUAAGUGAACAGUAGUACAUUUUUGGGAAUAUAAUAACCAGUCAUGGAUAGACAGUAUUGUUUUCCUUUACUGUGUCAUCAUUCCAGGACAGGUUCCCAUGUUCUGCCACCAUUCCUUAUUAACCAAAAUUUAAGGAGUUUCAGUUUUUAGCAAUGCCAAGCCUUCUCUCUCAUGGCGUGUGGUGUGUGGGGACGCAAGGGGACAGAAGCAGCUAGUGUGGAUGUUGUCUCUUUUUAUACAACUAAUUGCAGAUAGUUAUAUUUAGUUUCAUAUAACUUUCAAAUUUAUGUCCCUCACAGACUCUUGGCCAUAUAUCCUUUGGCCAAAAAUUAAGGAAAAUAUUUCAGUGGGAAAUCUGAAUCAGCCUUGGACAUAUCUGGGUUAUUAGUGCCAUUGGUCUCACUGUUUAAAUGUCCCAAAUUGAUAAGAAUCCUUCAGCCAGGAUAAUAGUCAGUGAUAGAGAUGAAGAUUUUUAUAUUAUAUUGUUUGUGAUGAACUUAAUUUCUCUGCUAUUGUAUUACUUCAUCCUCAAUAUACUGUCAUUCACUGGUAUUGUUAUUGUUGUUUUGAACAGAAAUACUAGAUGACUAUCAUUUGGAUGCCAGAUAACAUAGGAUUGGAUGCCUUGGUCAGUGUGAAAUUUAAAUCAACCAGGAGUUUUGCAAUAGGUACAUAAUAGUUUGUCUGUUAUCAUUUGUAUUAUAUCACUUAAAAGCCUCAAUAAGAAGAGUAGUUUAGAAGUGAUGAAUAAUCCUUUAUAUUUGCUGAUUAGUUGUGUAAAAUAGCCAUUAUAUCAUUUUGUGUGUAAGAUGUGGAAUGACGUUCAGUAAAACUAGUUACUGUUAAUGAUUCUGCAAGUUGUUACCAUGAUGCAUAACUAACUGUUGUUGGAUGGUGCUUAAAAUUGGGCAUUGUGACUUUCAAAUGAUUUAAGAGAAAUACAUUAAAGUAUAGAAAAUAAAAGAAAUGUACUUGAAAGAAAAAAAGGUUAAUUUAAUGACUUCCUUUGUCUUUUAGAACAUAUAAGCAUUCACUUUGACAUCACACUUCCUUACUCUGCACUGGAAAAAAAAAAAAAAAAAAAAUCUAAUUAAAUGUAGACAACAAUGUUGAUGGUAAACUUUGUUCAUUCUUUCUUGUUAGUUGCAGUAAAUACCAAGAACUAGUGUGAUACAAGAUCCCAGAAACUCAUAUCAGUAACCAAUAAGGCUGUCACAGAAUAAUCAAAUGGUGCACAUUUUGUUCCCCUUGUAAAGUUGGCUUCCAUUAUACCUCAUUAAUAAAUAUAUUCUGAUGAGUUUAGGUGUGCAGCAGCAUUUCCUCAGGUAAUGCACAGCAGUGAAUGACUGUGUUGGCCUGAGCUGGGAUCCUCAUGCACACCAACCAGGCUGUUGAUUUUGAUAAUUGUUAUAAUGUACAAAAGAAAAACAUUGCUCUUUUAAUA